AUGUGCAGCCUGGGGUCUGUGCUUCCCUCUGAGGUCCUUAAGCGUCUGUCUCUUUCAGAAUAUAUAGUUUAUUUGGACUCUAGAUUCUGUUAUCCUCCGGCUUGUGGGCGUCGUCACGGGCGGCUCAGUGUUCCGUCGGGUGGGCGUCGUCACGGGCGGCUCGGUGUUCCGUCGGGUGGGCGUCGUCACGGGCGGCUCAGUGUUCCGUCGGGUGGGCGUCGUCACGGGCGGCUCAGUGUUCCGUCUGGUGGGCGUCGUCACGGGCGGCUCGGUGUUCCAUCGGGUGGGCGUCGUCACGGGCGGCUCAGUGUUCCGUCGGGUGGGCGUCGUACGGGCGGCUCAGUGUUCCGUCGGGUGGGCGUCGUCACGGGCGGCUCAGUGUUCCGUCGGGUGGGCGUCGUCACGGGCGGCUCAGUGUUCCGUCUGGUGGGCGUCGUCACGGGCGGCUCGGUGUUCCGUCGGGUGGGCGUCGUCACGGGCGGCUCAGUGUUCCGUCGGGUGGGCGUCGUACGGGCGGCUCAGUGUUCCGUCGGGUGGGCGUCGUCACGGGCGGCUCAGUGUUCCGUCGGGUGGGCGUCGUCACGGGCGGCUCAGUGUUCCGUCGGGUGGGCGUCGUCACGGGCGGCUCAGUGUUCCGUCGGGUGGGCGUCGUACGGGCGGCUCAGUGUUCCGUCGGGUGGGCGUCGUCACGGGCGGCUCAGUGUUCCGUCGGGUGGGCGUCGUCACGGGCGGCUCAGUGUUCCGUCGGGUGGGCGUCGUACGGGCGGCUCAGUGUUCCGUCGGAUGGGCGUCGUCACGGGCGGCUCAGUGUUCCGUCGGGUGGGCGUCGUCACGGGCGGCUCAGUGUUCCGUCGGGUGGGCGUCGUCACGGGCGGCUCGGUGUUCCGUCGGGUGGGCGUCGUCACGGGCGGCUCGGUGUUCCGUCGGGUGGGCGUCGUCACGGGCGGCUCAGUGUUCCGUCGGGUGGGCGUCGUCACGGGCGGCUCAGUGUUCCGUCGGGUGGGCGUCGUCACGGGCGGCUCAGUGUUCCGUCGGGUGGGCGUCGUCACGGGCGGCUCAGUGUUCCGUCGGGUGGGCGUCGUCACGGGCGGCUCGGUGUUCCGUCGGGUGGGCGUCGUCACGGGCGGCUCGGUGUUCCGUCGGGUGGGCGUCGUCACGGGCGGCUCGGUGUUCCGUCGGGUGGGCGUCGUCACGGGCGGCUCAGUGUUCCGUCGGGUGGGCGUCGUCACGGGCGGCUCAGAAAGCUCCUACAAUAUCUCAUUUCCUCUGAUGGAUCGUUCUCGUCCGAUCAUCAUCGGGAAUUUUAAUCGAAUUAUUUAUUUUUUUUCUCUCCUGCGCUAA